UCUGAGGGCUCUGUCUCAAAUAUUCUCGCCGACAAGCCUCGAGCAUGACAAUAAACUGGUUUAGCUGGGUGAAGGGGGAAAAAACAAUGUAACUCAACUCUUUCGAUAAGUCCCACCUGGACUAGACGCACGACGCAAUUGCGGAGGAAAACGCGGCGAAGAAGACAAGAUGACUGGCUUAAAGUUUAACCGACGAGAGGAUUGACGAGUGAAUAUUAGUGAGACAACAGUAUGGCACGUCGCUCUCAGUGCUCAUCUGCCGGGGAUAACCCCCUGGAUCCCAACUACCUCCCUCCUCACUACCGGGAAGAGUACCGCUUAGCUAUUGACGCACUGGUUGAGGAGGAUUUGGAAGGAUACUACAAGUUCCUCCAAAAAGAUGAUGUGGUGGACUUCCUGUGUACACCUGAGAUUCAGUAUAUUCAGAGCUCUCUUCAGGUCCCUCAGCACAGCCACCACCCUGAACAACAUUUUCUGGAGACUGGGGGAGAUGGCUCUUCAGACACCUACUGGCCGAUUCACUCUGACCUGGAUGUCCCAGGUUUGGACCUCGGCUGGCCUCAGCUGCAUCCCUUCAUUGGGCCCACAGAGGUCACCACUCUGGUCAACCCCCCAGAGCCCGACAUGCCGAGUAUCAAGGAGCAGGCCAGAAGGCUUAUCAAGAAUGCUCAGCAGGUCAUUGCUGUAGUGAUGGACAUGUUUACUGAUGUUGACAUUUUGGCGGAUAUUCUCAGUGCUGCCAUGAGGAAUGUUGCUGUCUACAUCCUUUUAGACGAGCAGAAUGCACAUCACUUUGUCAACAUGGUGUCCAACUGCAGGGUCAAUCUACAGAGCAUCCAAUUUUUACGUGUGAGAACAGUGUCUGGCAUCACGUAUCACUGCCGCUCAGGGAAAUCCUUUAAAGGUCAGAUGAUGGAUCGCUUCUUGUUGACAGACUGCAGGGCUGUGUUGAGUGGAAACUUCAGCUUCAUGUGGUCUUUUGAGAAGCUCCACCGCUGCAUGGCACACCUUUUUCUUGGACAGCUCGUAGCAACUUUUGAUGAAGAGUUUCGGAUUCUGUUUGCUCAGUCCCAACCACUGAUGAUUGAAAAUGUGCCCACUCCAAUGGAAGAGUUUAGCCUUUUACAAAAGAGGCAAUACCCAAGCGAACGAACAUCCUUUUACAGGGAUCCUAGGAAAUUUCUAUCACUGGACACCGUUCAUCCAGAGGACCGGGUUAGACAUUCCUGUGAUGAACGUAUGGAUGUGGAUUGGAGAAUGAUACCACUUAAAAGGCAGGGAUCCCUGCAUGGCCCUUCAGAUAUGUACAGGUUUCCCUCCCAGCAAUCUCACAUGGAUCCGCCUUUUGAUCAGGGUCCCCCCAGGAAGCCCAUGGUGGAAAAUACUGCCUUCAAACGUCACAGUUAUGCUGAAGGUGUUCAUGGUAGAUUCUCUUACCCGUUCUUGCAGCAACAGGGAAUGCCAGAGCCUGAGAACCAGGGAAGGACGUUUCACAGGGGGCAGCAGCCCUAUCCAGGGUCCGGACCAGGACCAGAAGCAGAUUACAGUGGCUAUGACAAGUUCUGGAACCAAGACCAUCAUUCAGCAGAUCAAUACUCUGAAUCUGGUUUACCACAAGAGAGGCAACCGUCUGAUAACUUUGACCCUGUGCUUAACUAUUUAUCAUCUACCAGAAAUGUAGACUUCGACCAGGGCUCGGAGAAAUUACCUGCAGCAGAUUUACCAUUCAGUUCAUCUCACCCUAGAAGACUGAGCUUAGGCCAGCCAUAUGCCUGUCAAACCUCUCCCACUGCUUCAAAUCCAACUGAUCAGAAGCAGUUUUUCCCGGAGCCUAACACUGACCGCAAGGAUCCUACAGUGAAACGAGGGCUAAGAAACUGGAGGAUUAGCUCAUACCUCAGUGCAUAUGAUAAUCCAGGAGAUGAAGGCCUCCCACUGAUGCCAACUCAGGCACCAGACCCUUUUGAAGAGCCUUCAAACCCUAUACAACAAACAGCACCAGGAUUAGAUGUGUCAUUUCCUAAAAUCCCAAAUGUUAGAGAGUUUAAGGUUCCUGCAAUGCCCAGGGCAAGUCACCUGCCGAAUUAUAUGAAAACCACUGUACGAGAGCAGCCAAAGAAAUUGCCUGAUGAACCUACUGCAGUGGCAGCAGAAUCUAAAACAACACCAACACCUUCAGAAUCAUCGUCCACAGCUGAAGGGGAAAAGACAGAGGAAGCAGAACAAAAAGAAACAAAAACCACCGGUCUACGAAGGGAGGAGUCAUUCCGUAGGAAGUACAAUGCUGCAGUGCCAAGGAGCUCCAGGUUAAGAUCCUCUCUGAUAUUCAGCUCUCUUGAGCAGCAGCAUGCUCCUCAAGAUACCAAAACUGCUCCAGGCCAACAGGAUGAGGAAAGUGACACAAACGAAGCAGAACAGACCAAAUCACCUUUUGUUUCACAGGUUUUAGGAAAAAGGCGACCUGCAAGAGAACCUUUUGAAUGGAGCCGUUACAUAAAGUCAGCCACAGAAACGUCCAAACCAGACAAUGAAACCAGUAAAGCAGAUGAUAAAGAUACAUCAAAGGACGAAAAUUCAAAGGAUCCAGAUACAGAGAAAACAGAUUCUUCACCAUCAAUGCCCCAAUCCAAACCUUCUGAAAACAAAACUGAUCAACCAGUACAACCACAUAAAUCUUUGCUCACCACUCCUUUGAAUAUAGAUAUGAAUGAUCCUGAUAAGAGGCUCUUGUUCUUCAAAGAGUUGGCAGCAAAACGCAAAGCCGCUAAGGCAGCAGAAGCUGAAAAGAGCAAAGACAAGGCUCCGAUGAAACCACCAAGUGAGCUAAAAACCAAUACCACUGUUAAAAAGGAGGAACUUGAACCAAAAGAAAACUCAGAAAGGAUGGCUAAUACUUCACCGUCUGUGGGUUUAUCCCCAAAAAAUGUUACUGCAGAUGAUGCAAAUAAAACAGUAGCCACAGAAGCCUGUGAGUCGGUCAGUCUGUCUUUAGAUGCCAGUGAUGAGACUAACAAGCAUGACAGUCAUGUCAAAAAUGAACCCAGUAUCUCCCAAAGUUGUAAAGAGGAAGAAACCAGAGUUUCAACUGUUACAGAGAAGACAGAGCUGAAAAACAGCCAACCAGGAGCUUCUCUGCUUGUUUCUGCAGAAACAGAAUCUCCUCCAAACAAACCUCCUGAAGACCCAAAGCUGUCAACACCCGCUGUAAAAGAGAGUAGCCCAAGUCAUCCACCUACACCAACAAAUGCUACCCCUGCUACUGUUCCUACUCUUGUGCAAGGUACUGAUGAAAGUGAAAGCCCAAAGCUUAAUUCUACCUCAAAGGAGUCCAGUUCACUCCCUCUUAGUUCAGUGGAGGUCCCACCAUCUUCUGCAUCUGCUGCGUUGAAUUCUAACACCCAAAAUCCUGAAUCAGUUCAGUUAGAAACCAGCAUCUCCUCCCCUGCAUCUGAACAGCAGACUGGAUCUGAGUUGAGCUCUUGUGACCAAUCAGUUAAAAGCUCUUUCUCUGAUCACAUUCUGUCAGAUUCUGGUUUACAGAUCGGUCCAAGUCCUCCAACCUCGGAAUCUGCUCCUCUUUCCACCCCUGAAGAGACUUUAUCUUCUAAUGUUACCCCAAAAGACUCCAGCUCCACCCCCUCCUAUAGCAUAUUGUCUCCAAAUUCUGAUGAAACAGAAGCACAGGAAUCUGUCAGCUCCUCACCAUGUGAGUCAUUCCAAACAGCUGACAAAACUUCUACAGUAUCUACAGAGUCUAAGCAAGCUCAUCCAGAUCCCGUUUCCCAGUCGAUGUUGUCUGAGAACCCUUCAGCAGUUGUCUCUGCACAUGGGGAAUCUGAUAUUUCUCCUGAUGCACACACAUCCUCAUUAAUGUCCACCACAAAGACAAACUCUGAAAAAUCUUGUGUUCCUACACCUUUGGAAAAAUGUGUACCUGAGCCAGAAAAUGACUCUGUUCUAAAGGCUGUUGCAGAGGAAUCUGAGGUAAGAUCCUCAAAGGACGUCAAAGCUGAUAGCACACCACCUAGUCUUAGCCCCUCAUCACCCAAGUCAGGUUUACCUAAUGUAUCUGAUCUGGGAAGUUCUGCUUCCAGACCUGAUCAAAUUGACACAAUCACUCCCCACCCCCAACGUGAGCAUGCCCCAUUAGAAACACGCUCUCCUGUCAAUCCAGACAACACUCCUAUUGUUUCCCAGUCCAUAACAAAUGCAUCUCCACAAGAUGCAUUAACACGUACAGCCACUCCCUCUGAACUUAACCUGACAGGAUCUGUCCCUCCUGCUCCUGUUGAAACAGAGUGCUCUUCUCCUCUAACUGAGUCAGUUGCAUCAGUUUUGUCCCCUGGGGCUAAAAAAACAGAAACCAACAUGUCUACAUUGUGCAGCCCCUCAGAUACACCCUCUCUUCCCAAGAUUACAACAGACUCGAACAAAAUUCCAAUGCUCCCAUCAACAGAAGCUUCUAGAGCAACUGAGCCUACCUCAAAAACCCCAACAGAGCCAGAGCCAACCCCUGGAUCUGUGACUUCUGAAAGCCAACCUUCAGAGCCACCCGUGCCUGCUGAAAAUAGUAAAGUAGACCAUCAGAGUGAAGUAAGCAAAGAGCCUGAAUUGCCCGACCCUGGUGAGAAAAAUCCAGAGGACACUGAAGCCACAAAUAAGAUCAAUAAAAGCACUAUGCAGGAAUCUGUCAAAAGUGAAAAAACAAAUGACCAAGUAAGGCAAAAUAACCGCUCUGAACCGGCAGAGAUCACAACAGAAGAAGUCGUUCCUCUGUCACCACACUCCAAGCAGCCAAAGUCUCGCUACCACUCAUCAACAGCCAAUGUGCUCUCAAGCAGCAACCUCAGAGACGAUACAAAGCUGCUUCUAGAGCAGAUUUCUGCUAAUAGCCAGAGCAGGAACGAGGCCACCAAGGAGUCUCCUGUCACUGAUGACGAGAAAGAAGAUGAAGCUGACAAAAAUGCCAAAAGGGAGAAAGAAAGAGGGAUCAGGACACUCAGCAGAGGGCAGCCUAAGUCAACACAGGAAAGGGAUAAGCUGCUGGAGAAGAUCCAGAGCAUGAGGAAGGAGAGGAAAGUUUACAGUCGAUUUGAGAUGGCACCUUAACUGGUAUUUAAAGAAAGUUAAGAGAAAAAACAGUGCGCACAGUAAGUGUAGGAAGAAGGUGAGCUCAAGUAAAAACUUUGAAUGAUGAACAACACAUGCUCUCACCGAAGACAUGAACUGCAAGGGGUAAAACUAAUACAAAAUAAUACAAACCUGUUGUCCAUGUGACAUGUACUAUGUUCAACAAAGGGCUUCUUACUGUGGGUGAAUCACCAAGUUGCUACCAGUGAGAAGUACAUGGACUGAGAACAUAUGUGGGAUUAAAUACGGUUUUACUGACUGCAUGGGUAAAGUGCAAUGUGUGCAACAGAUUUUUUCUAUAAUUAUGCCUGUCUUUUUUUUUUUUUAAAGCAUUGACAGCCAUUACAUAAAUGUCAGCUGGUUUUCAGGCAAAAUGUGAUGUUAAAGUGUAAUAGAUGAUCUAAAAUAGUCAGAAAACCGUAGUUUGUAUCAUAGUGUUUCACAAUCAUGUUAAAUAAAAGAUGAUUAUUACACAUAGCCUACAUGUAUUUGUGAAAUAGGUGGAUAUUUAAAUUCAUAUCCAUGAAAGGCUGAUAUUUUUUACAUGUAAAUAAAUUGUAACUUUAAUUCUUUGUAAUCUGAAUUAUACAUUGAAUUUAAAAUGGAAAUAAACCUGAGACUGAAACAGGAUACCAUCUUAAACAUAUGUACAAUAUAACUGUGUAAAUCAUUGCACACUAUACAGUGUGUAGUGUUUUUGGUUUCUUUUUUCUAUUGAAUAUUGUUUAAUAGGAAUCGUUGAGGUUACAUGUCAUUUUUAAAAACGACAUCUGGUUGAUUUAAAGGAUUAUUUCACCAAAAUUACCUAAAUCAUCCAAAGUAUUUAUACACAGUAAAAUUAAUUGUUUUUAUUUUGAUGAUUUAUGAAACACUUGCUUUUAAAGUGUUUGAAUUUGGCCAUUUAAAGCCAAAGCUAUCAGAAAAUAUGGGUUUUUUUGUAAUUUGCUACAACUAACCCUUUAACUGUCUUUGAACAUCUGCCUGACCCUGUAAUUUAAAUGAAAACUUGCCAUACCUGUACAUUAAAACAAGAAAUUCUAAAACCGCAAAGAAUUUACAUAACAGUAGAUAGUGUUGUGCUUAUUAUAAUGGAUUUAUGAUACGUAUCUUCUGCAACAUUUUAUAUUUGUA